UCCGAGUCGAACACUGCUCUCGAUUCUCGCGUAUAUAAUCUUCCCCCCAUCGCCUCCGCUUUCGACAUCUCUCUCUCGUCUCUUCUCUCUCCCCCUCUCUCUCUAUCUCUCUCUCUCUCAUUCUAGGGUUAGGGUUUGCUCGUCGGAGAAGAAGUUAGGGUUUGCUCGUCGGAGAAGAAGGCGCCAUGCUCGUCUACCAGGAUCUCCUCACAGGCGAUGAGCUGUUGUCGGACUCAUUUCCCUACGAAGAAAUAGAAAAUGGGAUGCUAUGGGAAGUAGAAGGAAAGUGGGUGGUUCAGGGGGCCGUUGACGUUGAUAUUGGCGCAAAUCCUUCAGCUGAAGGUGCCGAAGAAGAUGAAGGCGUAGACGACCAGGCCGCGAAGGUGGUGGAUAUCGUCGAUACCUUUAGGCUUCAGGAGCAACCGUCUUUCGACAAGAGGCAGUUCGUGACGUUCAUGAAGCGGUAUAUCAAGCUCUUAGCUCCUAAGUUGGACGAUGAGAAACAGGCGCUCUUCAAGAAGCACAUCGAGGGAGCUACCAAGUAUCUGCUGUCGAAGCUUAGCGAUCUGCAGUUUUUCGUCGGCGAGAGUAUGCAUGAUGAUGGUAGCUUGGUUUUCGCUUACUACAAAGAUGGCGCAACGGAUCCGACAUUUUUGUUCUUUGCAUAUGGGCUCAAGGAAGUCAAGUGCUAGGAGGAUUAUAUAAUGUCUGCGACUUGCAGAUUUUUUUUUAUUUUUUAUUUUUUAUUUUUUUUUGUAGCUUUGGUUAUAUGAUUUGUUACAGCCACUUCAAAGUGAGGCUGCUGCUUUUUUUCUUUAUUAUUAUUAUUAUUUUGGGUUAGUGCCUGGUUAUUAUUUUGGACUAUUUUUUAGGUGAUAUAUUUUGGGAUAUUAUUAAGGAAAUAACUAUUCUUUUUAGUUAGACUCUUUGGUUUCACAUGGAUGAGGUUGCUAUUCAAUUACUAAGCUUUUUGGUUUUUGGUGGA